AGGAGGAGGCGGCGGCGGCGGCGGCCGCGCAGGAGGAUGUACUUGGUGGCGGGGGGCAGGGGGCUGGCCGGCUGCGGGCACCUCCUGGUCUCGCUGCUGGGGCUGCUGCUGCUGCUGGCGCGCUCCGGCACCCGGGCGCUGGUCUGCCUGCCUUGCGACGAGUCCAAGUGCGAGGAGCCUCGGAGCUGUCCGGGGAGCAUCGUGCAGGGCGUCUGCGGCUGCUGCUACAUGUGCGCCCGCCAGAGGAACGAGAGCUGCGGCGGCGCCUACGGGCUCCACGGAGCCUGUGACCGGGGGCUGCGCUGUGUCAUCCGCCCCCCGCUCAAUGGCGACUCCAUCACCGAGUACGAAGUGGGCGUCUGCGAAGAUGAGAACUGGGAUGAUGAUCAGCUGCUUGGUUUUGAACCAUGCAAUGAAAAUCUUAUCUCUGGCUGCAAUAUAAUCAAUGGGAAAUGUGAAUGUGACACCAUUCGAACCUGCAACAACCCCUUUGAGUUUCCAAGGAAGGAUAUGUGCCUUUCAGCUUUAAAGAGAAUUGAAGAAGAGAAGCCAGAUUGCUCCAAGGCCCGCUGUGAAGUCCAGUUCUCUCCACGUUGUCCUGAAGAUUCCGUUCUGAUCGAGGGUUAUGCUCCUCCUGGGGAGUGCUGUCCCUUACCCAGCCGCUGCGUGUGUGACCCUGCAGGCUGUCUGCGCAAAGUCUGCCAGCCAGGAUACCUGAACAUUCUAGUGUCAAAAGCCUCAGGCAAGCCGGGAGAGUGCUGUGACCUCUAUGAGUGCAAACCAGUUUUCAGUGUGGACUGCAGCACUGUGGAGUGCCCCCCUGUCCAGCAGGCCGUGUGCCCCCUGGACAGCUACGAAACCCAAGUACGACUCACAGCGGAUGGCUGCUGCACUCUGCCAGCAAGAUGCGAGUGUCUCUCUGACUUAUGUGGUUUCCCCAUGUGUGAGGUGGGAUCCACUCCCCGCAUAGUCUCUCGUGGAGAUGGGACACCUGGAAAGUGCUGUGAUGUCUUUGAAUGUGUUAAUGAAACAAAGCCAGCCUGUGUGUUCAACAGUGUGGAGUACUAUGACGGAGACAUGUUUCGAAUGGACAACUGUCGGUUCUGUCGCUGCCAAGGGGGUGUCUCUAUCUGCUUCACUGCACAGUGCGGGGAGCUGAGCUGUGAGAGAUAUUACGUGCCCGAAGGGGAAUGCUGUCCAGUGUGUGAAGAUCCAGUGUAUCCUUUCAACAAUCCUGCUGGCUGCUAUGCCAAUGGCCAGAUCCGAGCCCAUGGAGACCGGUGGCGGGAAGAUGACUGCACAUUCUGCCAGUGCAUCAAUGGAGAGCCCCACUGCGUGGCCACAGCCUGUGGGCAGAGCUGCAUGCACCCUGUGAAAGUGCCGGGGGAGUGUUGCCCUGUGUGUGAAGAACCAACCUACAUCACAAUUGAUCCACCUGCGUGCGGAGAGUUAUCAAACUGCACACUGAUGGAGAAGGACUGCAUUUAUGGCUUCAAGCUUGAUCACAAUGGUUGUCGAAUUUGUCAGUGCAAAAACAGGGAGGAGCUAUGCUCGGGCCUCAAGCGAGGCUGCACCUUGGACUGUCCCUUCGGUUUCCUAACUGAUGCCCACAACUGUGAGCUCUGUCAAUGCCGCCCACGACCCAGGAAGUGCAGACCCAUAAUCUGUGACAAGUAUUGUCCACUUGGAUAUCUGAAGAAUAAACAUGGCUGUGACAUCUGUCGUUGUAAGAAAUGUCCAGAACUCCCCUGUGGUAAAAGCUGCCCCUUGGGCUUUCAGCAAGACAGUCAUGGCUGUCUUAUCUGCAAGUGCAGAGAGGUCCUUGCUUCAGCCGGACCACCCGUCCUGUCAGGCACAUGUCUGUCAAUGGAUGGCCAUCAUCAUAAAAAUGAGGAAAGCUGGCAUGAUGGGUGCCGGGAGUGCUACUGUCACAAUGGACGGGAAAUGUGUGCCCUGAUCACCUGCCCAGUGCCUGCCUGUGGCAACCCCACCAUUCAUCCUGGACAGUGCUGCCCGUCAUGUGCAGAUGAUUUUGUGGUGCAGAAACCAGAGCUUAGCACUCCUUCCAUUUGCCAUGCACCUGGAGGGGAGUACUUUGUAGAAGGAGAGACAUGGAAUAUUGACUCCUGCACCCAGUGUACCUGCCACAGCAGCCGAGUGCUGUGUGAGACCGAAGUGUGCCCACCAUUGCUAUGCCAAAACCCCUCUCGCACUCAGGACUCCUGCUGCCCACAGUGUCCAGAUGAACCUCUCCGGCCUUCCCCACCCCAUAAUGAGAGUGUGCCUAGUUACUGCAGAAACGAGGAAGGGGACAUAUUUCUGGCAGCUGAGUCCUGGAAGCCUGACGUUUGUACCAGCUGUGUGUGCAUGGACAGCGUGAUUAGCUGUUACUCUGAGUCGUGUCCUUCCGUGUCCUGUGAAAGACCUGUUUUGAGAAAAGGCCAGUGUUGUCCCUACUGCCUAGAAGACACAAUUCCAAAGAAGGUGGUGUGUCACUUCAGUGGGAAGGCCUACGCUGAUGAAGAGCGGUGGGACAUUGACAGCUGCACGCACUGCUACUGCCUACAGGGCCAGACCCUCUGCUCAACUGUCAGCUGCCCGCCUCUGCCCUGUGUUGAACCCAUCAAUGUGGAAGGAAGUUGCUGUCCAAUGUGUCCAGAAAUGUACGUCCCAGAACCAACUAAUGUACCCAUUGAGAAGAAAAAUUACCGUGGCGAGAUUGACCUAGACGUCCCACUGUGGCCCACUCCCAGUGAGAAUGACAUCAUCCAUCUCCCUAGAGAUAUGGGUCAUCUCCAGGUAGAUUACAGAGAUAACAGGCUGCACCCAGGCAAGGAUACUUCACUGGACUCCAUUGUCUCCGUUGUGGUGCCCAUAAUAAUAUGCCUCUCCAUCAUAAUAGCACUCCUGUUCAUCAAUCAGAAGAAACAGUGGGUACCACUGCUGUGCUGGUAUCGAACACCAACUAAGCCUUCUUCCUUGAAUAAUCAGCUGGUAUCUGUGGACUGCAAGAAGGGAACCCGAGUUCAGGUGGACGGUUCCCAGAGAAUGCUAAGAAUUGCUGAACCAGAUGCGAGAUUCAGUGGCUUCUACAGCAUGCAAAAACAGAACCAUCUACAGGCAGACAAUUUCUACCAAACAGUGUGAAGACAGGCAGCAGGGAUGAGGCUUUAAAAGACAGAAAACAACGAAAUCUGCUCUUAAACGUAAACUAGAAUUUGUGCACUUGCUUAGUGGAUUGUAUUGGAUUGUGACUUGAUCUGCAGCGCUAAGAACUUACUGGGAUGGGCUCUGUCUACAGCAAUGUGCAGAACAAGCAUUCCCAAAUUUUCCUCAAGAUAACUGACCAAGUGUUUUCUUAGAACCAAAGUUUUUAAAGUUGUUAAGGUAUUACUUGCUUGUAAAAUAGCUGUAGAGAUAUUUGGGGGUGGGAACAGUGAGUUUGGUUGGGAAAAUGGGUGGGAGGGUGGUGUUGGGAAGAAAAAUUGGUCAGCUUGGCUCGGGGAGAAAUCUAGUCAAAUAAAAGCAGUUCAUGGCCCAGAGGAUAUUUUUUUUUUCCUGUUGCUCUGAAGACUGCACUGGUUGCUGCAAAUCUCGGGCCUGAAUGAGCAGGAAACAAAAAAAAAAAAAAAAAAAGGCCUUGCGAUCCAGCUGCUGUAAACCACCUUAGAACCACCAGAACUUUGAUAGCCAUCCCAGGUCUAAAGCCACAGUUUUUCUAUACAGUCACAACUGCACAGGCAGUGAGGAAGCCAGGGAAAUGCGAUAGCCACAUUUCUCUAAAGCGGGUUAUUAAGAAUCUAUACAAUUAUACUUUUUGCUGCUUUUUGUUUUCUUCCAAGCCAAUCAGCCAGUUCCUAGCAGAGACAGCAAAUGAACAAGAGCUAAGCCAUUUCUUGAUGUGAGCACUGGAGUUUUUCUUACAAAGUGGCAGGAAGAAGGGAGAAGGGAGGACACCAGGCAUUUCCAGGGCUGUAUUCAUUGUUUCUCGUUGCUUUGUUCUGUUAUGUUGUUGGUUGUUCAUAGUUUUGUGUUGAAGCUCUAGGUUUUUAAAAAAAGACUGGGGAUUUCUUUCUUCCUUAUUAUAUACUGAUUCUACAAAAUAGAAACUACUUCAUUUUAAUUGUAUAUUAUUCAAGCACCUUUGUUGAAGCUCAAAAAAAAUUAUGCCUCUUUAAACUUUAGCAAUUAUAGGAAUAUUUAUGUAACUAUCUUAUGCUUCAAAGAACAAAAGUAUUUGUGUGCAUGUGUAUAUAAUAUAUAUACAUAUAUAUUUAUACACAUACAAUUUAUGUUUUCCUGUUGAAUGUAUUUUUAUGAGAUUUUAACAAGAACAAAGGCAGAUAAACAGGCAUUCCAUAUCAGUGCUUUUGAUCACUUAACAGAUUUUUUGAAUAACAUAGAAUCUCAUUCUACCUGCAGUUUAAUUGGAAAGAAAAAUGUUUGUGCAAGGGUGUGUGUGUGUGUGUGUGUGUGUGUGUGUGUAUCAAGCAGCCAGCAUCACACCUGCUAUGGAGAGGAUUCCUUAAUCAAAAUCUUCCUUAUUUGGAUUUGCUUUCAGUUGGUUUUCAAUUUGCUUACUGGCCAGAAACAUUGAUGGCAAUUUUUAUCUGCAUCACUAAUCAGCUCCUGGAUUUUUUUCAAACAACUGUUUGAAACAACUACUGGAAUAUUGUCCACAAUAAGCUGGAAGUUUGUUGUAGUUUGCCUCAGAUAACUGACUGUAUACUAUAGUGUUAACUUUUCAAACAGCUCUUAGCACUUUUAUACUAAUGACCCAUUUGUGCAUUGAUUUUUUUUCUUUUAAAAAUGCUUGUUGUGAAAGACACAGAUACCCAGUAUGCUUAAUGUGAAAAGAAAAUGUGUUCUGUUUUGUAAAGGAACUUUCAAGUAUUGUUGUAAAUACUUGGACAGAGGUUGCUGAACUUUAAAAAAAAUUAAUUUAUUAUUAUAAUGACCUAAUUUAUUAAUCUGAAGAUUAACCAUUUUUUGUCUUAGAAUAUCAAAAAGAAAAAAGAAAAAGGUGUUCUAGCUGUUUGCAUCAAAGGAAAAAAAGAUUUAUUAUCAAGGGGCAAUAUUUUUUAUCUAUUUCCAAAAUAAAUUUGUUAAUGAUACGAUGUUACCAAAAUAGAUUUACAUCAGCCUGGUUAGUAUAAAAUUUUGUUGACAAUUAAUCCAUUCCUGGCAUAAAAAAGUCUUUAUCAAAAAAAAUUGUAAAUGCUUGCUUUUUGUUUUUACAAUCACGGCCAUAUGAAAAUACUAACAGGAUAUAGGACAAGGUGUAAAUUUUUUAUUAUUAUUUUAAAGAUAUGAUUUAUCCUGAGUGCUGUAUCUAUUACUCUUUUACUUUGGUUCCUGUUGUGCUCUUGUAAAAGAAAAACAAAUAUAAUUUCCUGAAGAAUAAAAUAGAUAUAUGGCACUUGGAGUGCACCAUAGUUCUAGUUUGCUUUUGUUUUCUUUAAAAAGGAAAGCUGUAAGGGGUGGUUUGCAACUUGGUUCUUGGCAGCAAAUAAACACCCUGAGUUUAAA